AUGAUUUUCCGCAAGGCGCCGUACGCAGACUCCAACCUCGAAGAAAACCAGGAUGCGCUCACACACAACGCAGUGCUUACCCGAAACGACAAGGGCUCGCUGAUCAACGUCGCGGCGGGCGGCUCGCCUGAUCGUGGCGAAGGCUGGAAGGGGACCAGCCCUCAAGGAACGGAGUGGGCGGAGGGCGCCACGGACGCCAUGCUCGGCCUGAAGUUUCAAACCCUCAAGGCGGCGGCCGACUACCGCAUGAGGAACAUCGCGGGCAAAACGAUGGUGCUGCACCUCAUCGAGGAGGACAUCUACCUUGACGUGGAGUGGCUUGAGUGGACCGCUGAUGACGGCCGCUUCAGCUACCGACACGCUGUGGCUGGCGCAUAA